AUGCGGACUACCGAAUCAGCCGCCGACGAGCAAGAGCCUCGUACAGAUGGUGCAGAUGGGUGUGGCAGUGUCAACCAAUACACAAAAGGCACUGAAUUCUAUGGUGACACAGGCAUCUUUCCUUUUCUGGCACGUCUGAGAAGGUAUGCGCAAUCGCAGACUAAGAGGCGCGACCAACCACAAGGCAUCUCUAUCGUAAGCUAUCUCCACAACUCAGAUUACCCAGUCUCCGCUACGUCACCAGAAUUCCCGCAAUCUUUCGGUAUUUCAAGGCCACCUGGAACUAGAGGCGUACCAUCAUACAACCAUUUGCCUAUUGAAACAUCAAGACCGAUCGAGUCGAGAUGCAUCACACUGUUCUUCAGUAACCUGCAUCUUAUUCAUCCCGUGCUGGACAAGUCGGAAUUCCUGGCCCGCUGCAAACUUGAAGUUUGGACUGGCCCUGGCGAUGCAUACCAAGCAAGCUCUUGUGGCUUUCAAGCCGUGUACUAUGCAGUACUUGCUCUAGGUGCUAUUGUGGCUAGUGAGGACGAUUUUGCUUCAGAGCUUCCAGAUACACGACUUGGGACUCCAGCGGCAGAUGCGCGACUCAAUGAUGUUCAGUCGCCUUCGACUCUGGCAAAACUUUUUUUCGAGCGAUCAAAAGCCAGUUUAGGCGAUAUAUUCGACGUCAGCUCACUAGAUACGACACAAGCUCUGUUUUUGCUGUCCGUGUUCUGUCAAAACGCCUUAAAACCACACAGUUGUUACCUGUUCAGCGGUAUGGCUGCUAGAACCGCCAUCGCUAUUGGUCUGCCGAACGCGAAGCAUGGAACAGUUAGUGGAGAUUCCAAAUACUUACGGAGGGCAGUCCUCACCUGGUGGUGUAUCUACAUGCAUGAGGUUGAAAUGUGCUGCGCCUCUGGACGGGAUUCGUCUCUGAAAUCACCCGUCCACUACGACUUGCCUCUUCCUAACGAUGACUGCACCAUCUCAAUUGGAGGAGCUUCUGAUACGACCAAUGCCUUCAUCUCCGUUACCGUGUCCAUUGCGAAUUUACUAAAGCAAGCAUCCGAGGAACUGUACCAAGGCGACUCUAUCACACUGAGUAGCUGUUCAGUCAAAGCGCACGAAUUGAACAGAGCACUCGAGAGAUGGAGAGAUGAUAUUUCUAGCCCGCUUAACUAUACGAAAGUGUCAUUGACGGAGCCGGAGCGAAUUAGCAAGCAGAAGACUGUUCUAAAACUACGCUACCUUAGCGCACGCAUCCUAAUCUACCGGAAGUUCGUCGAGACUUGGUCUACGCAUCCCGAAAUCCGCUUCAGGUCCGAAGUCAAUGAAUGCCUGAACGCUGCACGCAGCACUAUCCAACUACUCUACGAAACGUAUCUGCACCGGCCGUACUUCCGAACCUGGUGGUACAAUACGACGUAUCUUCUCAAUGCAAGCAUGAUUACACUCUAUGUCUACUUCAUUGGGGCGCACCUCGUCCCCACGUCUGAUCUCUUUCAAGACGUUGAGAAAGCCCUCGAUGUCUUUGCUGCCAUGGGAUCCGUUGUUGUUGCCCGGCGGUGUGCAAAGCUGAUCCGUGAAAUAUACGAUGCAGCAAAAGUUGUGCAUCAAAGCCGUUCUGCCAGUAGCAACUCGCUAGCUCAUGGAUCCCAGAAGUUGACAACGAUGGGACAAACCAGCUGUGCCCAGGCAGAGCAAGCUUCAUUCGUGGACAAUAGCGAGGGACCUAGCGGUCAUGACUUCCCGCUCAUAGAGAUGGUGGAUGACUUUGGAGAUAACAAUGAUAUCUUCCCCGCAGCGGACAUGAUCCUAGAUUUUGGCUUUGGCGAUGCAUUUUGGAAUAUCGAUGGUGACAUUGACGUAGACGUCUCAGGUGGCAAGAGCUUGCAACAUGAUAAUGUUGGUUACAAUGCAGUACCUACAUAG